UCUCCUUGCUUCCAUUCCCGCCCACCAAGGCACCAACCACCAAAAGCCAGCAAAAUUAGCAAAGAUUGCAAAUAGAAGACUAGUAGUUUCUAGUUCCGACUCCAAAUUUCCAGCUGUCUCUAUCCUCUUAACAAAAGCUGCCCGUUCCCCCUCCAUUCUGCCCUCAACAAUCAAACAACUCAGAAAUCUCUUUCAAGAAUUUUCAGUUUUCUGUUCUCUGUAUAUUCCUCAUAAACCACACUAAAACUCAACUCAGGAAUCCCUCAAGUUUCAUCCGAUUUCAAGAAGAACCCAUCAUUCUUCACAUUCCGCAGCAUUAGAAGAUCACUUUUUUUCAGCCCCCUUUUCAUCGUCGCUAAGGACGUAUUUUUGCUGAGUAUUGAAUCAUGAAUCCUGACAAGUUCACUCACAAGACUAAUGAGGCCCUUGCUGGGGCUCAUGAGCUGGCAAUGAAUGCUGGGCAUGCUCAAUUCACCCCACUUCAUAUUGCAGCUUCCUUGAUAUCUGAUCCUAACGGGAUUUUCCGGCAAGCAAUUAGCAAUGCCGGGGGAGGUGAGGAGGCUGCAAAUUCGUCUGAGAGGGUUAUUAAUCAGGCGAUGAAGAAGCUCCCUUCCCAAACACCUCCCCCUGAUGAAGUCCCAGCGAGUACUUCACUGAUUAAGGUGAUUAGACGUGCACAGGCGUUGCAAAAGUCUCGUGGUGAUACACAUUUAGCCGUUGAUCAGUUGAUAUUGGGCCUACUGGAGGAUUCUCAAAUUGGAGACCUUUUGAAAGAAGCCGGGGUUAGUGUUGCUAGAGUUAAAUCAGAAGUGGAGAAGCUUCGCGGUAAGGUAGGGAAGAAGGUGGAAAGUGCCUCUGGAGACGCUACAUUCCAAGCUUUGAAGACUUAUGGUCGAGAUCUUGUUGAAUUGGCUGGAAAGCUCGAUCCUGUCAUUGGAAGGGAUGAUGAAAUUCGAAGGGUGGUUAGGAUUCUUUCGAGGAGGACUAAGAAUAAUCCAGUGCUUAUUGGUGAGCCCGGGGUGGGUAAAACUGCUGUGGUUGAAGGUCUAGCCCAGAGGAUUGUUAGAGGUGAUGUUCCGAGUAAUCUGGCUGAUGUGAGGCUUAUAGCAUUGGAUAUGGGAGCAUUGAUUGCCGGAGCAAAAUAUAGGGGUGAGUUCGAGGAGAGGUUGAAGGCUGUACUGAAGGAAGUUGAAGAGGCUGAAGGAAAAGUUAUACUCUUCAUCGAUGAAAUUCACCUUGUCUUGGGUGCUGGUAGGACUGAAGGGUCUAUGGAUGCUGCAAAUCUCUUCAAGCCAAUGCUUGCCAGGGGCCAAUUAAGAUGCAUUGGUGCCACUACUUUGGAAGAGUAUAGGAAGUAUGUGGAAAAAGAUGCUGCAUUCGAGAGGCGUUUUCAGCAAGUUUAUGUAGCUGAGCCUAGUGUUGCUGAUACUAUAAGCAUUCUCCGUGGUUUGAAGGAGAAAUAUGAAGGGCAUCAUGGUGUUCGAAUCCAAGAUCGGGCUCUUGUUGUUGCAGCUCAACUCUCUUCUAGAUAUAUAACAGGCCGACAUUUACCUGACAAGGCAAUUGACUUGGUUGAUGAGGCUUGUGCCAAUGUACGAGUUCAACUGGAUAGUCAACCAGAAGAAAUUGAUAGUUUGGAGCGGAAGAGAAUUCAGUUGGAGGUUGAACUCCAUGCUCUUGAAAAGGAAAAGGAUAAAGCCAGCAAAGCGCGGCUUGUUGAAGUGAAAAGGGAACUUGAUGACUUGAGAGACAAGCUUCAGCCACUGAUGAUGAAAUACAAUAAAGAAAAGGAAAGGAUUGAUGAGCUCCGACGACUUAAGCAAAAGCGGGACGAGCUCUUGUACGCAUUACAGGAAGCUGAAAGAAGAUAUGACCUUGCUCGGGCAGCUGACUUGAGGUAUGGCGCAAUACAGGAAGUCGAGGCUGCUAUAGCAAGGCUUGAAGCCGACACGGAUGAAGGUGGAAUGCUGACGGAGACUGUUGGACCAGAUCAAAUUGCAGAGGUUGUGAGUCGCUGGACUGGCAUACCCAUCACACGUCUUGGCCAAAAUGAGAAAGAAAGGCUGAUUGGACUUGCGGAGAGGUUGCACCAAAGAGUGGUAGGUCAAGACCAGGCAGUUAGCGCUGUUGCAGAAGCUGUCCUGAGAUCAAGGGCUGGAUUAGGAAGACCACAACAGCCAACUGGCUCAUUCCUCUUUUUGGGUCCAACUGGUGUUGGAAAGACUGAACUUGCCAAGGCUCUUGCUGAACAACUCUUCGAUGAUGACAAACUUAUGAUAAGGAUUGACAUGUCUGAGUACAUGGAACAACACUCAGUUGCUCGCUUGAUUGGAGCUCCACCUGGGUAUGUUGGUCAUGAGGAAGGUGGACAACUCACAGAAGCAGUGAGGAGGCGGCCUUAUAGUGUUAUCCUGUUUGAUGAAGUUGAAAAGGCACACCCCACAGUGUUCAACACUCUGCUUCAGGUUUUGGAUGAUGGAAGACUAACAGAUGGUCAAGGCCGAACAGUUGAUUUCACAAACACUGUCAUUAUCAUGACUUCAAAUCUUGGGGCAGAGUAUCUCUUAAGAGGAUUGAUGGGCAAGUGCACAAUUGAAAAGGCGCGUGAAAUGGUAUUGGAAGAGGUGAGGAAGCAUUUCAAGCCAGAACUAUUAAACAGACUUGAUGAGAUCGUGGUCUUCGAUCCUCUUUCGCAUGAGCAAUUGAGGAAAGUUUGCAGGCUUCAGUUGAAAGACGUUGCUAGCCGCUUGGCUGAGAGGGGCAUUGCUUUGGGCGUAACAGAAGCAGCGUUGGAUGUCAUAUUGGCUGAGAGUUACGAUCCUGUUUACGGUGCAAGACCUAUUAGAAGAUGGUUGGAGAAGAAGCUGGUGACAGAGCUGUCUAAGAUGCUUAUCAAGGGAGAGAUAGAUGAGAAUUCAACUGUAUACAUCGAUGUUGCCUACAAUGGGAAAGAGCUAGUGUAUCAUGUGGAAAACAAUGGAGGCCUGGUGAAUGCCACCACUGGGCAAAAGUCAGAUAUACUGAUUGAAAUUCCCAAUGGGCCUAAUAGAACUGGUGCUGCUCAAGCUGUAAAGAAAAUGAAGAUUGAAGAAAUGGAUGAUGAUGAUGAGAUGGAUGAGUAGUUUGUUGUGGUUGGCUAUUUUCUGAUAUAACGUGUGAGGCAAAAAAAAAAAAAAAAAAUCAGUUUUCUUGCUCAAUUUUGAUAAUCAGUAGCAGCUUAAUUGUUACUGAUUCUUGCGUUCCAGGCGUCCUUGUCAAGUGUUUGCAUAAUUAAAAGAUGGGGGGUUUUUCCCCCAUCUCUGCUUUUUGAGGAAAUAAAGUUGUAAAUAGCUAAGCACCUCCUCUAAUUGUGUUGUACCUUCCUAAUUGUGAAAAUACAAGCCUUGUUAAAUACAUUUUCAAUAUUACAGUUUUUUGGCUCGUAUCA